GAGGAGAAAGUGAAACUAAAAUGCAGCAGGAGUUUUGCAGGGGAAAACCAGCCAUUCAGACACACUUUAGUGCGUGUGUUGACAGUAAUAAAGAGACUUCAGAGCAGAGAAAAUACACCCAACCAUGACGAACUUUUCUACAAUUUAUAAACUGUCUGUGGUCGCUAUUACCUUCUUCAUCCAAGCUUGCAGCAGCAGCUGUCCAGCGUUGGAGUGCUGGUUCGUGCAGGAAAAGGCGGGUCGAGGUGGAGGUUUAACUGGAGCUACAACGCAGGAAAAAUCUUGGCUUAACAUCAGAAGAGACACACAAAGUUCUGCAGAGUCAUUGAAGGCUCCAUCUGACAUAAACCCUGAUAGAGUUUACUUUAUUACUGACCCAGCUGCUACUCUGUGCAACCAAGCACUCAACGCUCCCAGAGGCUCAGUGAAGAAGCCUCAGUGUGAGGUCAACCCCUUCCUGCCGCAGCCCUCCGACCUCAGAUGGGUUGCUACGCUGACAGAAUCUGCUCUCAGCCCCAUUUACCUCCAAGCCGAAUGGUUUUCAGCUUCCUUUCAGGGCCUCGAUGAGCAGCUGGGUAUUUCAACUAUAACCAGAGCUCCCACAGGAACCAAAGAGCACGAUGUGAUCCUGAGUGUGACCAGUAAAACCAUGUCAGCAAAGUCCAGACUCGGAGCACCAGUUACGCUGGACUGUAGCUUCUGGGCCGACCCUUCCUCGCCUCUGUCCCAGUCAGGUUUUGCUGUUGAGUGGCGCUACCAGUUCAGAGGGAAUGGACGACUUAUUCUGGCUUACGAUGGAAAGACAGACCGUUUGGCCGACACACAAGAAGAAGGGGCCACAAUGGACUUUAAGGGUUUGCAUGAGAGAGGAAAUGCAUCCUUGACCCUGCAGGAGGCCAAAGUGCAUCACUCUGGGACGUAUAUCUGUACGGUGUACCUGCCAUACCUGCUAGCUCAGGUGGUGAUGGAGCUUGAGAUUGUAGAACCUCCAUCCCUCUCCAUCCACCCCUCCCCUCUACCCCUGGCUGUUCCAGGUCAGACUUUGACCAUCCAGUGCGAGGCCUCCGGCUUCGCCCCCCUCCCACUGGAGCUGAGCUGGGAGUUUAAAGGUUCUGAUGGAAAGUCCAGGUCUCUGGGAACAGGCAGCGUUUCUGGCCACCGGCAGGCCUGGGACGGCACCUACAGCCAGAACGCUCGGCUGGAGCUGGACACGUCUAAACUGGACCUGGGCAGGGGAGGCGAGGUCACCUGUGUGGCCGUCCAUCCUGGGGGCACACGGCGAGCCAGCGUGACCCUCAAUGUGAUCGGGUUCAGCGGUCCCUCCAUUGAGGACUCGAUGGCGCUGGUGGGCGUGGCGUUGGUGCUCUAUGGGCUCAUCAAGUUUGUCUCAUGGACCUUCACUGGCUCAGGCUCAGAUGAGGCUGAUAAACAAGAUAAGAAAGACAAGUAAAGAUGAAAGAAGUUGGAUGACUGGAAGUUUUUAUGGAACCAUUGUUUAUUUUGAUAUCUUACAUGGAAUUCCAGCAGCUGUUUUCCAUCUUUUAUGCUGAUGUUUAUAUUUCUCCUUACAGCUGGUGUCACCGGUGAAGCUUGUAGAUUUUUUCUCAUAUGCAAAUCUGAAGUUGCUAAAUUCUGGGUCAGCUGGUAUUUUUUACUGUUUUAUUAUAUAGAUGUGCUGUGUAGUCAGAGAGAAUUUGCUAAAAAUGGCUUCUGUUCCCUGUAAACACGUUUUAUGUGUACAUCUUUAAAGUGAUGCAGCUGUUU